AUGUCUGCCGGAAAAGGCUUAUCCGAGUUCCCCGACCUGGAGGCCAAGCUCCAGAAACCAGCCAAGCAGUCCGCCUUCGAGAGACAGAAAGCCGAGGCCGAAGCCAAGCGACAACGAGAGGCAGCCGAAACCGCCGCCGUAUACGAUGAAUUUGUAAAGAGCUUCGAUCGCGAUGACGAUUACGAUGGCCACGGUUCCCACAGCUCUUCGGGGCCCUCGCGCCCGCGACCUGGCUUUGGAGGGCCGCCUCCUCCCGGAUCUGGCGCUGGAAGGCGACAUUUUGGGACGUCAGGGUUGAAGAGCGGACCGGGGAGCCUAGGCCCGCCUCCAUCUUCGUUUGGAAAGAAGCGAUCGUUCCAGGAUUUUGCGCGGGCGCCGCGGGAGAAGGGGAUCUUGGGCUACGAGGAAGGUCCUGGCCCUGGAAGCGGCACGCUAUCCGCAUCGAGGGCCUUUAACACGAGCGACGAUGAAGACAUGGGCGACGCGACGAAUCGGGCGGAAGAGAGAGCCGUUGCGAAGCCUACACUACGACUGUCCAGUAUGCCACCUGGAACCUCACCAGCGAUGAUCAAGGCGCUCAUCCCGGAGAACCUGACGGUUGAGCAUGUUAAGAUUGUGCCCCCGGCUGGGUCUGGGAGCUCGGAGCGGAAACAUACUGUCUCUAUCGUGACUUUAUCACAGGACACACCCGCGAACGAAAUCGAUGCCGCCGUCAAUACCUUGCAAAACCGCUACCUGGGCUACGGAUACUACCUCUCGCUUCAUCGCCAUCUCUCUUCAGCCGUGGCAACCUCAGCUACCAUACCCACUCUUGGAUCAUCAUCUUCUGCCUCACAACCGUUCGGUGCGAAACCUGUGGAACAGGCUUCAGGGCCACACAGCGCACCGGCGCAACAUGGCUUCCACCGGGGCUUUGCGCCUCCUACAUCAUACGGCGCUCCUGGAGCGGGUGUGAACCGGGCCAACCUUUUACACGUUCCGGUGAAGCCACCGCAGGACGUGAGAACCAUUCAGCUGAUAAGCAAGGUCAUAGAGGGGGUCCUCGAGCACGGACCGGAGUAUGAGGCGCUGCUAAUGUCACGACCCGAGGUUCAGCGGGAGGAGAAGUGGGCAUGGAUUUGGGAUGCCAGGAGUCAGGGAGGUAUCUGGUAUCGGUGGAGGUUAUGGGAAGUCAUCACAGGAUCUCAGCAGUCGCAAAAAAAGGCGAGAUAUGUGCCUCUCUUCGAUGGUGCCCACGCAUGGAAGGCCCCGGAGAAGAACCUGAGUUACGAGUACGCGACGAAACUUGACGAGUUUGUUUCUGACUCGGAGUACAACUCAUCAGACGAAGAGGACUUUGAUGACGAGAACAAGCGAGAAAACCCUGAGGGGGAGUCGGAGAACACAUUUCUCAACCCACUUGAGAAGGCCAAGCUCACUCACCUUCUCGCGCGAUUACCGACAACAAUAGGCAGAUUGAGAAAGGGCGACGUCGCAAGAGUGACGACAUUUGCGAUAACGCAUGCCAGCCGCGGAGUUGAUGAGGUUGUGGACCUGAUCGUGUCCAACGUCGAGAAGCCUUUCGCCUUGACAGGGGCAAAUCCGGACAAGAAGCCUGAUACUAAAGAGACACAGCAAGCCACAGGUUCUGAAGAGACGCCCAGUAAUGAGGGUCCCGACAUUAGCGCUGCCAGCCUGGUGGGCUUGUAUGUCGUUAGUGAUAUCUUGUCGUCUUCCUCAACAAGCGGGGUACGUCACGCCUGGCGGUUCCGGCAACUUUUCGAGACGGCUCUUAAAGACCGCAAGAUCUUUGAGACGCUGGGACUCAUGGCUGAACGGCUCAAAUGGGGUCGCCUCCGCGCCGAGAAGUGGAAGCGAAGCAUCAGCCUGGUCCUCAAUCUCUGGGAAGGCUGGUGCGUGUUCCCUGCGGAAAGCCAGGAGUUGUUUGUGCGCAGUUUUGAGAACCCUCCAUCAUUGAGCGUCGUUGACAAGGAUGACACCGAGGAGGAGAAGAAGGGCAAGUGGAAAGCAGUGGAGGCCCAGCAAGGCGAAAAGGAACGAGCAUUGCCCAUUUCUGCCGAGGAGGUAGAUGUUCCCGGUGAGCCAAUCGACGACGACGACGUUGCUGGAGAGCCAGUAGAAGAGGAUGACGUCGAGGGAGAACCGAUCCAAGAGGACGACAUUGAUGGGGAGCCCAUCAACGAGGACGACAUUGAAGGCGAACCUAUUGAGGAGGACGACGUGAUAGGGGAGCCGAUGGAGGAGGAUGAGGCUGGGGGAACAGCACCUCCGCCAGCACCGCUUGCUGUCGAGGAACCAAAGCCCAAAGAAGAGCCACCGCGCGUUGGAGGGCCGACCAGGAAGCGGAUGAGGGCCGUGGAUAUGUUUGCGGACUCGGACGACUCGGACAAGGCCUCUUGA